AUGAGUGAAUCCGAGAUUCAAGCUGCGGUAACUGCCGAGAAUCCUAAUGAAUACCAAGAAGCCUCCGUAUCGGAUGCUGAAGUAGACAAAGAAUUGGAAGCAAUGAAGAGCCGAGUAAAAGAGAUGGAAGAUGAAGCUGCGAAACUGCGCAAUAUGCAAGCAGAGGUGGAAAAGUCUAUGGCUACUGAAGAAGACAAAGAAACCGUCGAUAACCGCUCCGUUUAUGUGGGCAAUGUCGAUUACGGUGCAACCCCCGAAGAACUGCAAGCCCAUUUCCAAGCUUGCGGCACGAUUAACCGAGUGACCAUCCUGUGCGAUAAGUUUACCGGUCAUCCGAAAGGAUACGCAUACAUUGAAUUUGCGGAACCGUCAUUUGUAAGCGCGGCUGUCAGUUUCAAUGAAAGCUUAUUCCGUGGACGACUGUUAAAGGUUUCGGCAAAGCGAACAAACGUACCUGGUUUUGCAGCACGAGGCCGUGGCAGAGGUGGAUUCCGUGGCGGAUUCCGUGGUGCUCACCCUUAUUUUGGUCACUCACCUUCAUUUGGAUACCGCGGCCGCGGUGGAAGAGGCCGUGGUAGAGGCUUCUUCUCGCCUUAUUAG